GUUAUUCCGAUGUUUGUCAGCUAUGUAUCAAUUUGGAACGCGUGCGAAUAAGCUAUGCCUUUCCGUAGCAGCUGGGUUAUGGCCAACAAGCAGGCAACAAUCAAUUUGUAUCAUGCUUCGAGUCUUAAGUUGCAACUGCGUCAUGAGAAGUUAGACUGUAACCCGGACACUGUAUCGUUGCAGCGACGCACCUCUCCCUCGAACUCGGUGCUCAGGGCUCAUGCAUCACCUCGGUGUCCGUCCUACCACUCGACAUCCCCCAAAUCUAUUGGUUCAUGCAUCCAGGCAAAGUCGUGGCUGCGCGCAGGACGUUGUAUCGUUGCAGCGACGCACCUCUCCCUCGAACUCGGUGCUGAGGGCUCAUGCAUCAUCUCGGCACCCGCCUUGCCAUCCGACAUCCCCCAUAUCUAUUGGUUCAUGUAUCCACGCAAAGUCGUGGCUGCGCACGGACGUUGUAUCGUUGCAGCGACGCACCUCUCCCUCGAACUCGGUGCUGAAGGCUCAUGCAUCAUCUCGGUACCCACCUUGCUAUCCGACAUCCCUCGUAUCUACUGGUUCAUGCAUCCACACAAAGUCGUGGCUGCGCGCGGACGUCAUAUCGUUGCAGCGACGCACUUCUCCUGCGCUACACUUCCUGGAUUGACAAGACUCCACUGUCUACUCUAGAAUUCUAAUGUUUGUCUGGCGGAUAUCAAUUGGGAAUGCGUGUGAAAAAGCUUUACCUUCAUGCAGUAGUCGAGAUAUGUUCACUGGACUGGCAGAGGCACAUCACUUGCAACUGCGUUCAAAGAAGUCAUAGCUUUGCCUGGACGCCAUAGAGUUGUCACUUAGUAUCUUGACCCGGAACUCGACAGCCAAGGGUCAUACCCCACCACGGUACUUCGCUUACCAUUCAACAGCCUUCGUGUAUACUUAGCCCAUCCAUCCUUACAAUUGGGUGUCUUUGCGCCCUGCGGGGGUAUUAUCUAUGCAAAGUAAAGUAUUUAUAUGAACCUCUUAAGAACUGC